AUGGGUGCUAAAGAAAGUCGCAUUUUCAAGCUAAUACCACUUUUCUUAUAUUUCUUCAUCAAUAUUCAUCUCUGCUUUGGAGCUGAUAGCAUAUCAGCUAGUCAGUCCCUCUCUGGCGACAAAACCAUUGUCUCUUCUGGUGGAAAUUAUGAGCUUGGUUUCUUUAAGCCAGGUAAAUCUUCCAAGUACUACAUCGGCAUCUGGUUCAAAAAGGUUUCUGAGCAAACUGUCGUUUGGGUUGCAAACAGGGAAAAACCAGUAAAGAAUAAAUAUUCUUCAGAGCUGAAAAUUGUGGAUGGUAACUUGGUGCUCUUCGACGAGAUGCAAGCACAAGUUUGGUCCACGGAGACAAAUGCUACUUUUUCCAGUCUGGUGGCAGUGCUUCUUGAUGAUGGAAACUUGGUUUUGAGAAAUGGGCCAAGUUCAACGCUGUGGCAAAGCUUGGAUUACCCUUCUGAUACAUGGUUACCAGGGAGCAAGAUUUCAUAUGAUAAACGUACAAACAAGACGAAAACUCUUACUUCAUGGAAGAAUUCAGAAGAUCCUGCUCCUGGAUUGUAUACAUUGGAAGUUGACCCAAUUAACAAUCAAGGUGUGAUUAUGUGGAACAGGUCUAAGCUGAUAUAG